AUGUGCCGUGCUAUCCCUCGAGAAUCCAUUACCCCCAUCACGGUGUCUGCCAUUAUCAACGGCAAGGCCGUUGAAGCAGCAGGAGCCUCCGCCGUACCCAUCAAGAAGCGAGUCAGCUUUCACGAGACGGUGGAUGUCUAUGUGAUUGAACGAUUGGACGCCUUUGCCGUACGAGAAAUGUUCUACCAUCCAUCCGACUACCACCGCUUUCGUUCGGAAUGUUGUCUGGAGAAGCUGGAAGCAAGAUCCAAGCAAGAUCCUCUCGUUGGGUUCUUUCAAUCCAUCGUCAGCUCCAUUGGUGUGUCUUGCCGCAUGCAACAACGUAAUAUCAUGAUCCAACGAAGACGACAACAACAACAAAGCUGCAGCACUGCCAGGGUACAAGCAGCAAUGCGACAGGUAUCACCGGAAUCAAUUGUACGAGAACUUGCCUUUGUGCUCUAA